GCAGUGCUGCUCCGGGAAGGAGCUGGUGGACUGGCUGCUGAGCGCCGGGCUCGCCGUCCAGACACGCAGCCAGGCCGUCGGCAUCUGCCAGGUGCUGGUGGAUGGAGGUGUCCUGACACACGCUCCAGGCUGGGGUGACCCUAACAGCGGGCACCUCUUGCCGCAGGUCAAGCAGGAGCUGGCAUCCGUGCUGAUGUUCGAAUCUCACCAGAGAGCAGGCACCGUGCUGUUCAGCCAAGGAGAUAAAGGCACAUCGUGGUACAUCAUCUGGAAGGGCUCGGUCAACGUGGUCACCCACGGCAAGGGCUUGGUGGCCACCCUGCACGAAGGGGAUGACUUUGGGCAGCUGGCGCUGGUUAACGACGCGCCCCGCGCGGCCACCAUCAUUCUGCGGGAGGACAACUGCCACUUCCUCCGCGUGGACAAGCAGGACUUCAACCGCAUCCUCAAGGACGUGGAGGCCAACACCAUGCGCCUGAAGGAGCACGGGAAGGUGGUGCUUGUCCUGCAGAAGAACCUGCAGGGUGGUAGCAACCAGCCAGCCACGGCGCGGAGCAGCAGGUACUUGGUGAUGGCCGGGACGCCGGAGAAGAUCCUCGAGCAUCUGCUGGAGUUCAUGAGGCUCGACGCCACGCAUGUCCCCACAGAUACCCUGCUGGGGGAUUUUCUGCUGACCUACACCGUGUUCAUGCCGACUUCGCAGCUCUGCAGAGCUCUGCUGCACCAUUUCCGCGCGGAGCCGUUGGAGGGCUCGGAGCAGGAGAAAGCCACCUACUCCUUGCACAAGCGCCGGAAGAUUCUGCGGUUGGUGAGCCAGUGGGUGCUGCUCUACGGGCGGCUGCUGCAGGGCGACCGCAGCACCACGGCUCUGCUGCAGGGACCGGGAGCGGGGCGAGGGACCCCCCACCCUGAGCAGCUGGGCCCCCAUGUCAGCUCCUCAGAGACCCUGGACCUCAUCAGCUCCAAGGACCUGGCCAGCCACCUCACCGACUACGACUGGAACCUCUUCAAGCGCAUCCACCAGGUGGAAAUGAUCCACUACAUCGUCGGGCCGCAGAAGUUUCACGACGUGACCACGGCCAACCUGGAGCGGGUGAUGCGACGCUUCAACGAGCUGCAGUACUGGGUGGCCACGGAGCUGUGCCUCUGCCCCGAGGUGGGCAGGCGAGCCCAGCUCCUCCGCAAGUUCAUCAAGCUGGCCGCCCACCUCAAGGAGCAGAAGAACCUGAAUUCCUUCUUCGCGGUGAUGUUUGGUGUGAGCAACACGGCCGUCAGCCGCCUGGCCAAGACCUGGGAGCACAUGAUGGCGAAGACCGUGCGUGUCCUGCAGCGCUGCCGGGGCCAGGCGCACGCUCCACUCUCCCCGCUGCGAAAUCGCUCCCCACACCGGCCAGAGGACCCGAAAGCCGUCAGGAUCUCCACGUAUUGCCUCCAGUCCCCAGGUUGGCUGGCCAAGUCGGUGGAUGUGUCUCGGGGCUUUCCCUUCCCCGGCGGCAGGCUGUGA